ACGUCAAAGCACAAACAAGCAAGUUCAAGACUGCCGAUAUCAGGUUACUUAGCUCCUGCAGUAAAGGCGGUCCUCAACAAUAUCAAUAAGUACUGCAGCAGCUACAAACCUUACUCUCCAACCAAUAGAUGAUUAUGACCAGCCAUAGUUCGACUCCAUCACAUUUUUCAUUCUCGACCGGUCGUCGAUCCGAAUGGAAGCGUCUAGCCCCUUCAGCUCACUAUCAGUACUAGUACUGAGCUUGACGAAAAUGCCCCUGCUAUUUGGGACUGUCUCUUUGUACAAUGCAUCUCAUCCUUUCAACCUUUCCUUCAAGUUAGUUCUCAGAAGUGGCAUCGCAGGGAGUAUCAUGUGGCUCAUAUCAAUAAUCUAUCUUCGUUCGCCAUCUGGAUUACCCACAAGGUCGGAACUGUCUGUCACUCGUACAGGCGAGCGAACGAUCAUGCAACACCCUUCUCAACUUCUCACUCAACUGAGUUCCUCAGGCUCCACACCAAUCGACUCCUUGCUUUACGCCCUUGAAGGACAAGCGUAUCGUCGAAGAUCAACGUACUCAACUAAUCAAUCACGACUCUGUUCCUUGCUCUUUAAUGGUGCCCACGUUAUUUGAUGACUCCACAAUGUCCACGCUUCCGUUAUCCUCUUC